UGCUGCUGUCGCUGUACCACCAAUGCCCCAGUGCAUUCAAAAACAAACCGGUUUUUUUCUUUUUUUGUUCUACUGACCCUCCGAGUGCCCUUGACCAAGUGCAAGGACGAUGAAGACUUUUUACAGUCACUAAUUUCUUGGAUAAUAAUCGACUGUUGUUGAUUCUUGACGAGGAGAGCAUCAUGGCUGUCGACAACCCUUCGUACUUCUCGCUCUCCAGCGAGGGUACAUCAGCAACCCUCGAGUCUGCUGGACCAUCUUCUCUGAACUCUGGAUUGACCUCAAGAGGAUUCAGCUCCUUCUUUCGUCGAAGACAAUAUAAAAUGGGAUCGACCUCAUCAGCUAGCAUCACUUCAAAUUCAACAACUAGCACUUUGAUGCAUCACGACAGCAACAGAAACAGUACAUGCGGUUUAUCUGCUCCAUCAACACCCACUGAAGAAAGAGUCCCAAUGUUGUCUCGCCAAGACAGUAAUAAUGGGAGUCAGAAGAUUAGUUUUAGGAAUCUCUUUAGGUCAGUUAGUGUAAAUGUGGAGCAUGAAAGAACUCAGCAGUUUCUGAAAGGUGAUCCUCGGCCUUCGGAUGUUGCUCCACCAUCACCUUAUUUGCCCCACAGAUCUCACUCUCAUUCGGAAAAGGACAGAAGAAGACCCAGAAGAAGAAGAAUUCUCAAAUCGGCUAGUGAACUUUUGUGUAACGAUAUGGUGUAUUGUGGACUUCCGGGCGAGGAUGUGGUUGAUGGAAGAGGAGUGGAUGAAGAUGACGAUGAUGAUGAUUCGGGGGAAGUGUUUCUUGGAGUGGAUGAUGCAAGGUAUUACAACUUGUCAGCUACACUCCCGAUUCCUGGGUCUGCUUCUGAUAGAAGAAGACACUCGAUUGGAACAUUUUUGACCAAGGAGCGUGGUGUAAAUAAUGGUGGAACUAGUGUGUGUUUUGGAAGAAAAAAGAACCAAGAACCGGAAAUCUUGGUGGAACCAAGUGUCAUGGCACCGCCGAUUCCUACCGCUGGAAGUGAGGUGAAGAAACGACGUACCAGUUCGAAAUCGAGACGGAGGAGACACAGGAAUGCGGCAAAGGGAACUCGCCAUGGGACCAUACCCACACCAAAAAAUGAACCGAUUAUCGAGGAUGAUGUUGUGAUAAUUUCUAGUCGGGACAGCGAAGCCUCCACCUUGUGGGUUAAUUACCUCACGGGGAGUUUUAAUCAAAUCAGUCAGCAACAGGGAAGACCUCCUUUUAGAGUAAGUCACUUGACAGUUGAGGACUCGAUGCUUCCAGGCACUGAAGAAAGAAUAAGAUCCUCUCGCUUACAAAUUGUCGUUCUCUGUCCAUAUUUGUUAAAACGAGUUUUGGUACGACCUGAGCAAGCCAUGAACCUCUCGAGGCAUCUCGUCCCUGAUAAAGUCCUGGCGAUGAUGCUCGGAGUUCAGGAAGAUCAUCUCACCUCUAAUCACAAAUCCGCCUUGAUCUCGUACCAAGAAUGGCGAAAGUUUCCUGUUAAGGACCAAGACGAAGAUUUCGUUUGCCAAUUUUUUGGGGCAGUUUUCUCCAUCCUGGGAACUUCUCUGCCCUCAUCCCUGAAGAGUGACAAGACUGCCUUUACAGUUCAUCCGAAAAAAGUAAAACUGGGCCACAGCAAAGUAAUUGUACUACUGAAUGAUCCCUUGAGGCCGGAAGACAACGUUUCGGUAAUUGUGGAUCGUUGUGGUGACGCAAUCGAGGUAAACACCGUCAAAAGAAGAAAUCCUUAUUCGCUCCAGUUCUCUAUUCCAGACAAGUGUCUAGAGAAAUCUAUGUUAGUUGGAGUCAGAAUAAUUCGGAAUGGAUGUCCCAUCGGAGUUCGCCAAGUCAAGUGCGAAAGCAGACUGAGGGAAUUGGAUCAAAUCUUGAGGGCCCAUGACAACCCCUUAGAAUUCAUGUGCCAGACAAUUGGAUUCAAUCCUGGAGAUCGAGACCAACUGGAUAACUGGAUGGUUCAUGCCUUUCGACGAAAUCUUCCGCCGCACUUUAAUCUUCUUUCAACUCCAAGUGGAACGAUACCAGCCACGAAGAAUUACACAAGUCCGGACGAGUAUCCAACAUUGUUACAUUUUGCUGCCCGAUUCGGCCUCGAGAAACUAGCUUUUCAACUGUUGGAAACUCCUGGUGGCGAUCAAGCUUCUGACCUCAAAAACGUUUCCGAACUGACCCCAGCAGAUUUAGCCGAACAAGCGGGUCACACUCGAUUGGCCCAACAACUUCGUAGCUACAUGCAAAUGAACGAGUUUACCAACAUAUACAGCUACCUCAAGAUCAUGAGUGAAACACCAACUGAUGAACCAGGAAACGAAAGUGGAUCUCCUUUUUUGCGGAACGAUGACGAUGGAGACAAGGAGGAUUACUGUCACCCAAGACCGCUCAGCGAGGCUUAUUCGGUUCCACCUGCAGCGAGACCAAUCACCACGUCAUUGACGAGUUUCUCAAUUCCUCCUGAACUGCCACCACCAAAUCCAUCAAUUACGGCCUCAACCGAAGGAAAUUACUCCAUUGCACCCACACCCACGCCCAUUACCCUCCCCUCGACACCAACAUCAAUCCAUAACUUUCAUGAACUGGAUCAAACAUUCUCCGGGUAUCUACAGAUGCAUCCUGCAGGAUUGAAAACACCUGCUUUAUCAAUUACCUCUUCGCGUCUUACCUUGCAAUCCUCUCGUCAAGAUUGCUCAUUAGCGGGAAUCCGCGAAGACAGUAUUAAUCAAUUUAACGGAUCCUCUGAUAAAUCUAUUUGCGGAAGCAAAUCUCGAGAAACGUCUGGACCUCAGGAUGAACUUCUGGAAAUUUUAAACGAUUUUAAAAAUAACGUUUUUACCAUUUCUGAACUCGAGACACUCGUCGAGGAUUGGAAAAAUCGAAAUGAUGUGCAACAAAGUUUUAAAGAUAAGCAAAGACAACUGACUGCCAUGAGGGAGGAAUACGAGAGGAUACAGAAAAAAAUUAAGGAUGAUAUGAAAGCUCCAACCCCUUUUGAAAGGAUACGAAAAUUAUUCACUAAAGGAAAAAAAGAUUCUUCGAAAGAUUCUUCUCAUCAUAAUGAAGAUUCUGCUUCAAUAAGCAAGAGCGAAAAUAUGAACGGCACACUCGCUGAUCGCAGACCAGUGAGCAGUUUAAGUCUCCACAGUGUUUCAAGUUCUUCCUCAUCAGGUCGAAUGAGUAUUGUUAGUGGUUGCAGUGGAACUAGCCUAGGAGAUAGUGGAACACAUUCUGACACUGAAGACCGAAGAAUACAAAAUUCGAGGGAAGAUAAAUCGGGUAUGCUGUCUUAUGAAAUUCCACCUGCACCGAAACCAUUUACUGGCAGAUAUUCUCCUGCUCGAUGUACGCCUUCGCCUCGUGUUCAAAUGAAUAGUGAAAUUGAUCUUCGAAGUCCAAGUGCUGCAAGAAUUCCUCAAAGUAGUGAACAUUAUAUUGCUUUUCCUCCUUCUGGAUUACCAAUUCACUCUUAUAAAGCGGAUGGUUCAGUCAGGGAACCAAAAACACCAAGCUCUCCAAUCGAGGCUUCAGAUUAUCUUGACAUAGAGGAUAUAAAAAAAGCUCACAGUUACGCAAAUUUCAAUCCAACUUCAUCGAUAUUAGCUCCCCUUCCCCCUCCACCUCCACCCCCGGGAAUGUGCAUCCCUUUCGAAUACAUGAACAUUACACCAUCAGCACCUUCCACCCCAUCGACACCCCCCAUAAAUUUAGAGAAAUUGAUUGAAUAUAAAGUUUCCAAAGAUUCUCAUCCUGAAACUGACCUCAAAAUGCCCAGCAAAAGCAAUGAAAUUGAACUAUCAAAAGAAAAGAAUUUAGAAAAGAAGGAAGAUUCCAAGACUCCAAGUGAAGGGGAAACGAUUUCUGAAUCUCAGAAAGUUAAGGAGGACUCCUUAAAUCUUGAGAGUUUGAAAAAUUCUGUGAUGGAAAUGGAAUCUCAAUUAAAUGGAAGUAUUCAGAAAGAGAAGGAUGAUGAUAAGGAAAAAUUGAAUAAGGAAAUUUCUCCGGAUGUGGUUGAUGGAGCUUGUGGGGCAGAUGUUACAGAUUCGAGUGUCCAUGAUUAUAUGAAUCUUGGACCAUCGAGCGAAGGCGUCCAAAUUGUGGGGAUGAUUCCAAAAAAACUUGCUCCACCUGUCCCUCCAAGAUUUACCCCGGUAAAAAAGUAAGAGGAUCAGUAUAACCUUCCUGAGACUGCAACGUCCUGUAAAUAUAGAAUUACUACGUUGAAUCCGGAAAAUCCAGAAUAAUUUUUAAAAUAAUAAAAUUAUUUAGCUUUUAAAAUUUCGACACUUAGAUUAAGUUGACGGGGUCAACCCGUUGACCAAGAUUAAAUACGUCAAAUUGUUCUUAGAAUCGCUUUAAGGACUCUACUUUUUCAUGAAUCAUGGGGAAUUUGUACAUUGUUAAUUUGAAUUAAGGUCAAUGUAAAAUCUACAUCUCAAAUAUGAAAAAUAAUUUUUAAACUUACUCUCCAUUACAUAAAUUAAA